AUGGCUCCCCUGGGUCCGUUUUCCGCCCACCGACCCGUUCUGAUCAUCCUUUCGGGGCCAUCGAUGACUGCCAACCGACCGUGGAACGCAGGAACGCUUCAUGGUUUGGACGAAGAUGCGUUUGAUUUGGAGUUCCUGACCCAAAACCUGGGAGCCUCCCAAAAUACAAGGAUGUCUUCAAUCUUUUUCACCUCAAGAGUCCAAGAAGAUCCAAGAAGCAUGGCCACUGUUGGCCAUCAAGUGUUUUGCCACUGUUGGCCGAAUCAAUUCGUUCAUAGGUUGAAGGCCACUGGCGUGGACGCUGAAAUUCCUGGUUUUCACUCAAGCUUGUCAGCUAAGUGCCCCCCGCCCGUGCCCGUGCCUUCUUACGCCAUUUUCUUGCAUCGCCAUGUUGCCUUGAGCUUGACCUGGGCUCAAGUGGAAUUUCUGGCCUUCUGA